AUGCGCUCAAGCAGCAGCCCAUCGAGCGCUAUGGCACGGCCUCUUUCCUCCAACUCGACGUCAAUGACGUCCAAGGAAUACCUUUUUGGCUAUAUAAAGCAACAUUUUGACCAGGAGACUGAGAACUGCCGCGAGAGAGACCGCAAUCCAGCACCUGAUGUCCAGGUCAAUCCUGGCGAUGCUAUUCAACUGCAGGACCAGCUACGCCGCCUGAAACGUCGAUGUGCUAAGCUGGAGCGGAAGCUGGAAGAGAAGGAGGCGGAUAAAGAGCAACAGCAAUUGGAUUUUCCUCUUCUAAUGCACGAGACGAUGCGCAGUCUUCGUUCACUGGAGAAUAAUCAGUCCGAUCGAGCAGCAAGCGCGUCGCCUCUGUCCCACUCUGUGAUCAGUAGCAUGGCCCACGAGAAAAUAGAUGUGGAUGCUCGUAUCCACGAGUACGAGCAACAGAUUGCGGAGUUGUACGAGGAGAACCAGCAGGAAAAACUCAACAACGAAAUGCUUAACGAGUGCCUUCGUGAACAAAAGCAUGCCAAGGCGAAGCUGAUGAAAGCGUGCAAACACGUCAAGCAGGAACUUCAAGCUGUGAAAGAUAGCGGACUUAGUCAAAUGUUGGUGGAUAUGGAGGCACGUUGUGACGCCUUGGAAAAGGAGAAAGCUCGGAUAACGGAAGCCCUAUUAGCUGAGCGCUCUUUGCGUGCGGGGCAAGAAUUACAACAACAAACUACUGCCAAGCAACUUGAGGAGUUAAUAUUGGAAUCAACCAAAUGGGAAGAAGCUCAACGAGAACUGCAACGACUUCAAACGGAGAACGACUUUUUGCGCGAGCAGCUAGCUUUCCGACACGAAGGGCGAGUGCAUGGAGUGGAGAAUUCCUCGUGUGGUGCUCAAGAGACAUACGAAAACCUGCUUAUCCAGGUCUACGAAGAAACAAGUAUCGUCGACAUCAACUUGCUUGACGAAGAUGAUCCGUUUCACAAGGUUCUACCCGGGGACGACACUCUCGUUGCUCACUCUUGUGGAGAAUUCGCGAUGCAGCUUUCCGGGAGUGUUUUGGAAGCAACUCGUUUCGAUCGCGCCCCCUCAAAAAUCUUGCAUCACUUCAAAAAGAGACUCGACAUGAACCAGUUUACUCUCGUUGCCGUGACCGCGGUACUGGUGGCCCUCUACCACAACUACUUCGCACCACAACCCGCAGUAUGGGUGGCGCCCUCGCAGCUUAAGCUCACGUACUUUGCUGGGCCCGGCCGCGCUGAGCUGUCGCGCCUAAUCUUGUCAGCCGGCAACGUAGCAUUCGAGGACCAGCGCUUGGACCGAGACGCUUUCUUGGCCAUUAAGCCCACUCUGCCGCUCGGCCAGGUACCAGUACUCGAGGUAGACGGUACCACCUAUAGCCAGAGUAUGGCCAUCGCCCGCUACGCUGCCAAACUCACGGGUCUGUACCCGCAGGACCCACUCGAGUGUCUGCGCGUGGACAUGGUGUCCGAGUCGCUCGUUGAUGUAAAGACGCUUAUCUCGGAGAUUGCAUACCGUACUCCGGACGAAGCUGCUAAGACUGAGAAGACAAAGAAACUGCUGGAGGAAAGCGUGCCUAAGACAUAUAAGCUGCUCGAGGAAUUCAUCCAGAAGGGACCCUUCUUCCUGGGCGACAAGAUGACGUACGGAGAUCUGCAGCUCUACGACCUGACUAAGAAUGGACUCGGUAACUUUGCGGGGUUUUCGCUGAGCAAGUAUCCUAAGCUCACAACGCUCGUGAGUAAGGUGGAGUCUAAUCCCAACGUGGCGGCUUAUCUCGUGAAACAUCAACAGUAGACAAGAACAGGGGUAGGAUGUGUAUCCAUAUUUCUUGCCGUACUCUGGCUGAAAAGGUAUUACGGGUAGUAUUACUUGAAGUUCCGGUAA